UGUCAAGUUUGACUUUUAUUAUUAAAAGCAAGGGUAUUUUUUGCAAUUUACAAGCAAAUUUUCCGCGAUUGUUUUCCUUACUAUUUAAGUGCAUUAAUAGUAAAAUAAAGUGUAUUAAAAUAUAAAAACACGCAAAUAAAAUGCGUGAACUACCAAAAACACUCAGCAUUACGGUGACCACACCUGGUAGUACAGUGCCAUCAGGAGCGCCAUCCUCCGCUGGUAGGCAAGCUAGCCUUGAAGAUAUACAUUUGGAUCAGUUCCUCAAAACAUCUAACUAUGAAGAUACAGUGAAACAAUUAGACAUAUACUAUGGCAUCGUCAAACGACAAUUGCUGCGCUACCAAAGCCCCAUAACUGGUCUAUUUCCGGUUAUGAGUACGGAUCAUGAAGUGGGCUCCGUACGUGAUAGUGUUUACUGUGCAGCAGCUGUAUGGAGUUUAUAUCAAGCUUAUCGUCGUAUUGAUGAUGACCGCGGCAAAUCGUACGAAUUGGGUCAAUCAACCGUAAAGUGCAUGCGCGGUAUUCUAGAAUGUUGGGUGAAACAGGCAGGUCGCGUGGAAGUUUUCAAAACGCGUCAAUCCAAUCAACAUGCUUUGCAUAGUAAAUUUCAUUUGCAUACUGGUGAAGAAAUUUACGCCGAUGAUGCCUACAAUCAUUUGCAAAUCGAUCUGGUGUCGCUUUAUUUAAUAUUUUUAGUGCAAAUGAUCACUUCCGGUUUGCAAAUCAUUUACACACAGGAUGAAGUUGCUUUUGUGCAGAACUUGGUUUAUUAUGUUGAGCGUGCCUAUCGCACACCCGAUUUCGGCAUGUGGGAGCGUGGUUCCAAGUACAAUAAUGGCACGCCUGAAAUACAUGCUUCAUCUAUUGGCAUGGCUAAAUCAGCUUUGGAAGCAAUUAACGGUUGCAAUCUGUUUGGUGAGAAGGGCGCUUCGUGGAGCGUCGUUUAUGUAGACAUUGAUGCGCACAAUCGCAAUCGCAGUAUUUUUGAGACAAUGCUGCCGCGAGAAUCCAGCUCUAAGGGUGUUGACGCCUCAUUGUUGUUGACAUUAUCAUUUCCCGCCUUUGCUUCGCACGAGGAACGCUUAGUGGAGCAAACAAAGCAUAAUGUCAUCACACGUUUGCGUGGCAAGCGUGGCUUUAAGCGCUUUAGUCGUGAUGGUUUUCUAAGCAAACUCGAAGAAAAGAAUAGACGCUACUAUCACAACGGCGAACUUAAAGACUUCGAAGGUCACGAAUGUGAAUGGCCGCUGUUCUAUAUUGAAAUGAUCAUUGAUGGCGUCUUCAAGAGCAACUCCGAACAAAUUGAAGAAUACCAAAAUGAAUUGCGUAAUUGCUUGCACACCGAUGUCAAUGGUGAUCCCGUGGUCACUAUGUAUUAUGCGCCAGAUGGUGACGGUUCCUAUGUACGUUCACCCUCGCAAUCACUCUUCCUUUGGGGACAAUCCAUGUUUAUCAUUGCGCAGCUUCUAACCGCUGGUCUACUACACAUCAAUGAAUUGGAUCCGAUACGCCGUUAUCUGCCGAGCUACAAUCGCCCACGUCGCGGCGGCCGUUACUCAGCAUUUCAGGGAAAAGCCACCGAUGACAAACAUGCCACACCGCGUGUACCAUUAAUACUGGAUAUCAAAGAGGGCACCGCCACGGAUUUGGUCGUGCAGAUUGUCUUGAUUGCGGAAUCGCAACGCUUGCAGGCAAUGAUGGCCACAUAUGGCAUACAAACGCAAACACCGCACGAGGUUGAACCCGUGCAAAUUUGGUCUUCCACCGAACUGAUCAAAGUCUAUCAACAUUUAGGCGUAAAUAAUAAAGUUGGCCUAACCGGUCGCCCGGGUCGACCAGUCGGUUCAUUGGGCACGAGUAAAGUAUAUCGUAUCUGCGGCAUGACUGUACUUUGUUAUCCACUCAUUUUUGAGGUGUCCGAUUUCUAUUUGUAUCGUGACAUGGCGCUGCUGAUUGACGAUAUCAAAACCGAGUUACAGUUCGUGGGCAAAUACUGGCGUCUCUCUGGACGUCCGACAGUAUGUCUGCUGAUACGCGAGGAGCAUAUGCGCGAUCCGCAAUUCAAAGAAAUGCUCAACUUGCUGGCUAUGUUGAAGAAGGGCUACUGUGAUGGCAUGAAGGUGCGCAUUGGGCGUCUGCAGAAUUUAAUAAGCAGCUCAUGUAUUGAACAUCUUGAUUUUAUGAACCAAACCAAUUUGCCGGACAAUGAGAACGCCUUUGUGCAGAUCAAUCAUGAGUACAUCGGCUAUCAGUCGUUGACCGACGUGCCGAAGGCGCAAUCCUAUGUCGAACAGAAAAUUUCACUAGAUCACUUUAAGAACAGACCCACACCCGAAAUCAUCGAGACCAUGCGCAACACCGAGUCCGUUUAUUGCCUCUGUCAGCUGUGGGGCAUUUUAUUGGAACGUGAGGGCCCCAAUUUCGAAGUGAAUGGCCUGAGCGUCAAUCAAGCGCUAACACAACUCUAUCAUCGUUCCGGUUCAUUGCGUUACUGGCGGGCGGUGCGUUAUUGUUCCUCUCUACUCCACCACAUAGUCGAUUCGAUCAGUCCGUUCAUCACCACGGUGCUGGUCAAUGGCAAGGAGUUGACUGUAGGCGUCAUUGGACAAAAGGAGACGAAUUUCGAUAAGCCGAUGACACCGGCGGAGAUACAGAAUGUCAUGUACACGACCGUACAACCCUACAAUGUGAUACAGGCGGUGUUGCAGCAAGAGGUGGUACUGUAUUGUGGACGUUUGAUCGCCACAAACCCUUCCAUGUUUAGGGGUAUAUUGAAGAUCCGCGUCGGCUGGGUUUUGGAAGCUAUGCGUCUCUACUUGCAGAUGUCCGGGCAGGAAUCGAUUGAUUUGGAAAACCUUUCUCCCUUCCAAGUGCGUAUACUCUUGCAAAAGGUGCUGACUGUUUCCGAAUGGGCUGCGGAGGAAAAACUCACCACCUUACAACGCCGCCAAUUGGAGGGCUGCCUCUGCCGCGUACCAAAACAUUUCUACAACAAAAUCUGGGAAAUUUUGCAACGCACACAAGGUAUUACCACACAAGGACAUCUCUUGCCCUCUGCACCAACACUGGUGAAUAUGAGUCGUGGUGAGAUCACAUUCUCAUUGUUGGUGGAAGAGACUUUAAUGUGCAUAGACUGCCCAGAGAGGCGUCAAAUCACUGUAGAACUCCUAUGCAUCAUAGCCACAAUAUUGAAUCGCAAUCCGGAGUUGCAUUUCAAGCAAGCGCUUGAUAUCGAUGACAUCAUCAGCGAGGCUUUCGGCAUGUAUUGCAAGGACAACAAUAUCGAACGUCAGAAUGACAACAACAUGCGGCCCUUCUAUGCACUCAUUUAUACCGAAACCACCGGCUAUUUAGCGCGCGCCGCUGUCAACAAAGUUCUGCAAGGCGGCGCUUUAUCCACACUAGAUGAGUUCUCGAAUGGCACGGACCAAUUGCGUUACGAGACGUGUCAUGUUUCUUAAACCAACAACAACAACAAAGCAGUAUCGUCGUUGGAUUUUCCCACGCUUGCCAAAGUUUUGAACAGUCUUUAAUCGCAAUAAGUAUACAUUAAUCUGCAUAUUUACAAUUAUUUAUAUACACAUAUAUACAUACAUAAGUGUAUGUAGGCCUAAUUAGCACCUUGUGCCCAUAGUAGUUUUCAAAUCGUAAAUUUACCCACCUUGCGCGACAAUUUCGGCACCCUCAACAAUUAUUGCGUAUAACUCCAUUGAAUUUUUCAACUUGUUAGCAGUUGUCUCUCUAAUUCUGCUCUCUCCAUAUUUGAAUUUAUUAAGAAUAAUGGUUUUUCCCUCCAGAAAUAAUUAUUUAUAUGGAAAAAUAUGGAAAAGCCAAGCCUUUUGAGAUUAUGUGUAAUUGACUUCAGUUGUUUAGUAUUUCGGCCCAGUUUCUUAAGGCUCGAAUGUCAUUCAAAAAGUCGUUCUAAAUGCAAAUGUUUUUUUACUUUAUUUAAAACGUGCCUUUUUUCGAAAGCACCCAGUUCAAAUAUACUUGUUACUUACGCAUAUUGCACCAUAUUAAUUAACAAUAUCUUCCAAGUGUGUUUACGAAAUAAAAUGUAAUAUUUUAAUUGAAUUAUUUGCAACGAAUUGCCAUUAUUGGUAGUUAAGUAAAAAGAACAAUAAACUGCAGUCGCAUGUCUUAUAGAUAGUUGUCCUAAGACAUUGUCAUUAAUGACAUUGUGUUUUAAGGGUUUUAAAAAUUUGUAACCUGAUUUGUUAAAUUAAAAUUUUGUUUAUUAAAUUAUUUAUUUCUUGUAUUACUUUUAGUAAUGUGAUUAUUUUUAUGAAUUAGUUUAUUUUUUUGUCAUAUUAAUUCAUUUAUUUUUAUUAAAUUAUUAUUACUUUUUAAUUAAUUUAUUAUUUAUUUUCUUUAAGUUAAUUUAUUAUCAUUUUUUAAUUAGUUUAUUUAAUUUUUUUACUAUAGUUUUUAUUCCUUAUUUUAUACCAUAUUUUUACAUUAUUUCUCCCCUUACCAUUUUAAAACCACUUUUUUUUACGAUUUUUUCAAAAUUAUAAAUUUAAAUUUUUUGUACCCUUUUCUCUACUUUUUUUUUUUUUUUUUUUUUAAAUACAUUUUAUUUGCAAUCUAUUUUAGUAAAUAAUAAGCAAAUUUGAUAACAAAACCAUAAUUUGACUUAUAUUUUUGAUCUCCCAUGAGAUCAAAAAUAAUAUACAAUAUAACAAUAUGUUCUAAGUACAAAAAUUUUAAUUAUACAUUUAAAAUCAUAGUAACAUAUAUAAUUAAACAUUAACUUAAUUUCUAAAUGGGAGAUCUAGAACAUGAUGUCUUUUAAGUCUAAUAGUUUCAUUACUAUCAUCUAAUAACAUGACUGCCAAAGGAUUGUCAUGAUAACUUAUCCUGUGCAAAUAUGCUGAACUAAAUCUUUUAAUUUCAUCUUUAACAAAAGGUAUAUUCAGGUCUGAAUGAAUGGCUUUAUUUGUUAUGAACCAAGGCGCAUUUGUAAUUAAUCUUAGAGUUUUCGAUUGGUAUCUUUGUAGAAUUUCAAUAUUUGAUUUACAAGCAGUACCCCAAAGUUGCAUACCAUAUGUCCAUAUAGGUUUUAGUAUUGAUUUAUAUAAUAGUUUUCUUGUUUCUAUAAUGACUUCGUUACUUUUGACUGGUUUAAUUGCUUCUCUCCAUUCUUGCAUCGUAUUUCUUGCCUUUGCCUGUUCUCUGUGUCUAUUGUUGUUUGUAUUGUUAGUGUUACUUUUGAUUACUUUACUGAAAGGUAAGAUUUUAUGGAUGUAUGCUGUCGAAUCAUUGUUUUGAUGUGUAUUAUUGGUGUCUUUACUCUGUAAUGCAGGGAAAUUGUUGUCAUAGUUGUCCAAAAGUUCGAAGCGGUUUCCUAAAAUGCCUGCAACUUUCCUGUGGGCUUCUCUGUAGGAGCUUCCUUCUAAGGUCAUCGUUCUUUUAAUUAUGUAUGCCUUUACCCUUGCUGGACAUUCUUUUGCGGUUGGUGCAUGUUCGAAGUUACAGUUUACACAUAAUAACUUCUUGCAUGCUUCUUCAACUGCGUGUAUUUGGAAACAUUUUUUACAUCUCGAUUUAGUUUCUUUACAGUGCUGUGCAAAGUGGUUAAACCGGUAGCACUUGUAGCAUUGUGUUAACGCUAUGAAAGGGCUUACUUUAAUCUUAGUGUAGGCGUAGCUUAUAUAUUCCGGGAUGUUUUGGCCUUUGAAAAAAACUUUUACUCUCUUUGUUGGAAUUUUGACAUCGUUUUCGUUUUUGGACCUGUUUUCCACUCUUAUCAACUUUAGUAUUGGCACACUAGAGUGUACGUCUUUCAUGUGCUCCUCCAUUGUGAUUUCUGUGGGGAUAUCGAAAAUGAUGCCCACUUUGGCUAUGCAGUGUUGCAGGAUUUUUGGCUCAUAUCCUUUAUCUCUCAAAAGUUGGCUGUUGCAUACAUCGUUUGCAACUCUUGCCGUCUUGCAUAGAACCUUGAUUCUUCCGUAUCCAACUUUAUUCACUUCUUUGAUAUCGUCGUAUUCAUAAUUUAGUUUCUUAAUCAAGCCCGUGAUCGCGACCGCGUUUAUCGGGCUUCGUUCAUUUCCUCUGUCUUUGGUAUCUAUAUAUACAACGAAUGGACCUUGGUGGUCUUCAUCGUAUGUGAGUUUUUCUAGGUUGUAUAAGUUUGGUGUGUUUGUUAUUGAUAGUGGUUUUAUUAUUAUGUUUCUUUCAAUAUUAAUUUUGUCAUCAACAUAUUUUACUUUUUUGGAAGUUUCUUUCACCUUAUAAGCCCAGGAGCCCUCGCGCUCCUCAGCCUCUACGUCCAUUUUGUGUUUUGGUUUGAUUAUUUUUUUCUUUUUUUUUAAAUUUCAGGUUUGAAAUGUAUUUUAUUUUAUUUUUUUUUAAUUAUAAAUAUAAACUGUAAUUAAUUACUGAUCUUUAGCGGAUUUCGAUUGUAGCUGUAAACAACUGUUAAGGGUGACGUCUAAAACGCGACUCGCUUUUCUCUACUUAUGUUUUAUAUUUAUAUUAUUUUUACUGUCGUAAUAAUUAUUAUGUCCUUUUUUCCUAAAUUUCAUUCAUUUUGCCAUUACUUAAUUGAUUAUUUUCAUGUUUAUUCUGAUAAGUUGGUAUGGUAUACGUAUUCGUUCUCCUAUUUGUGUUGCUGCUUUCGCCGCUUCGUUCAUUAUUAUAUUUGAAUGUGCUGGUACGUGGUGGAUUUCUGCUGAUUCUAUAUUUGAGGUGUUUAUUGUUUGAAUAAUGUUGUUUCUUAUGUAGUUGUCACUGUCGUUGUCUUUUAUUGUUGAUAUUCCGCUCAAGCUGUCCGUAUAGUAUAGCAACUUUGAGGAAACCUUGUUGUAUGACGAAUUCUACGGCUUUGUCUAUAGCUAUUAAUUCCGAUGUCAUUGAGGAGAGAUUUUUGUUACAAUAAAAGGAUUUGGUUGUGUGUGAUUUUUCGUGUAUAAAUGCCGCUCCUAAUAAGUUAUCUUUUACUGAUCCAUCGGUGUAUAUAAUUUCGAAUUGCUUUGUUUCUGGUUGAUAAAUUUUUUCCUUGCACGUUGCGUUAAUUAUUGUUUGGUUAGCUUCCCUUUUCGAUUUGUAUUUAGCUUUGAAGAAUUUUGUAUCUGUUGUAAUUUUUGUGGUAUGUGUGAUCGUGUUCUUUACUGGUGCUAUGUUAUAAAGUAUUAUUUUGUACUUCUGGCUUAUUUGAAAGUAAUUCGUUUUAUUGUUGAGCUGGUUUGCCAGUAUCAAUCUUUUGGCUCGGAGAUUAUAUGCUAUACAUUUAGCCAUCUCUUUCGCCGUGGCUAGCUCAAAUCUGUAUUUAGGUGGUAGUUCUGCCGCCAUAUGGUAUAUGACGUGGGUUGGAGAGGUUCUUAUUAGUCCUAGGCAUCGUCUUAUAUUUGCAUUACAGCAGGUGGUUAGUUUAGUUUUUGUAGGGCCGUUUUUGAUAUGUUUGUAAAGGUGGAUGCGGCGUAUUCUAAUUUUGCUCUAGCAAAAGCCUUAUAUAAUUGUAGUGCUCUGCUUGGUGAUAUGCCGAAGGUGCAUCCGUUGAUGAUAUUUAACCACCGACAAGUGUUGUUGGUUUUGUUAACAAUUUGGUUCACGUGAAUGGUGCAUGAGUUGUUUAUGCUUACAUAGGUAUCUUCCCAAGUAUUUGAUGUGUUUAACUUGCUCUAGGUAUGUAUUGUUGAUUCGGAUGUUAAUUUGAGUGUUUCUUUGUUUGAAAAAAAUUGUUUUCGUUUUGUUGAAGUUUAUUUUUAGGUUGAUUCUAUUGCAUUCGUUUGUAAAUUCCUGUAGUUUUUCUUCUAUUUUUUUUUUUGGCGUUUUCCUGUUUUUUGUGAUAGCAGAUUAUAAAGAAGUCGUCUGCAAACAGGAAGAGGAGACAGUUUUCGUCAUUUAUUUGGUGAAGUUUCGCUGUGUAGAGGUUAAAUAGCGUUGGACUGAGACCACUGCCUUGCGCUAGUCCGUUUUCUGUCGUGAUUUUUUGUUGUUCGAGGAUUAGUGUUCCUUUCAGGAAGUAAGAAAUUCAAUUAACUGCUUUUCUGUUUAUUUGUGCUUCUGAUAGAGUCUGCUGAAGAGUGUUAAUAUUGACUGAGUAGAAUGCUUUUUCCACAUCUACGCAUGCAGCCAUCACCUGUAGUUUUCUGUCUUUGUGGUAUGUGAUUGUGUUGAUUAAGUCGUUAAUACAUUGUGCUGUCGAGUAAUGUUUUCUGAAGCCGUAUGAUCUUGCCGGUAUGCUAUUGAGUAGUUGGAUUUUGUUAUCUAUGUGCAAUUUAAGGAUUCCUACUAUUGAUUUAGCUAAGACUGAGAUCAAAUAUAUUGGUCUGUAGUUGAAUAUAUUUGUUGGGUCUUGCCUUUUUUAUGUAUUGGGAUUAUUUUGACUUCUCUCCAUUUGGUAUGUGCUCAUUUUGCCAUACAUUUAUAAUUGUUUUAAAUAGUUUUUCUUGUUCCUUGGGUUGGAGAAGUGUUAACAUUUUAUAGGAUAUUUGGUCCGCACCCUUUGAUGAUUUUGGGUUUCUGGAUUGGAGGAAUUCCUUCAGGUUUUCUAUUGUCAUUUCUUCAAGAGGUGAUUCUGGCAUGUUGCGCUCCUGGUUGUUGUUAAUUGCUUGUGGUGCUCUUGCAAUGUAUUCUAGGUAUUUUCUUUGCUCGGCUGUGUUCCAGGAGUUCCUAAUGUCCUUUUCCCAUUGGUAUUUUUUUAAAUUGUUUAUUUUGCUCCACAUUUCUUUUAUGUUUUUGGUUUCUGAUAUUUCAUUUAUUGCCUUGUUAAAGUUGUUUUUCUUUUGGUCUUUGAUGUGUUGUUUUAGGUUUGCUUCCGCGGUGAUGAGUAGGUUGUUAUUUUCUAUUGUCUUAUAUUGGUUGUAUUUUUUCCUUGCUGCGUUUCUCAAUCGAAAUAGUUUUUGCGCCUCGUUCGUCCACCAAUUUUUGGGAGUGUAUUUGUUCUUUUCGUGGUUUAUGGUAUGUUUUUGUGUUAAUCGUUGGAUGUUUUUGUUAAACUCUUCUAGGUUGGCUCCUACUUUGAGGUUAGGCAUGUCCUUAAGUAUUUUAGUGGUUAAAACUUUUUUGGCCUUGUUCCGGAUUGUGAAUUGAUCAGUAAGUGUUCUAAUGAUGGGACUGUGGUUGCUGUUGGUUAUUUUGUUGUAAGUUUUCCAAGCGUGUUGUAGGUAGUUGUUCACGAAUGUUGCAUCUAUGGCUGAUGAUAUAUUAUUAUGUGUGAAUGUUGGUGUGCCAUCGUUUAGACAGUGGUAUCCGUUGUCUGUUGCUAUAUUUUCUAGAAUCGUGCCUUUGUUGUUUGUUGUUUGGUGAUCCCAGGAUGUUGCUUUUGCGUUUAGGUCUCCGCCUAUGACUGUUGUGCCAUGUAAAUGUCUGGUAUAGGUGAACAGUAUAUCGAUGUCGUUUUUAAAAUUUGUUGCUGUUGCAUUGGGUGGACAGUAAACGCUGAUAACAUUUAAGUUGUUUUUCAGUUUGAGUGUGGUGCUACCUAUAUUUUCAAUUUUUGAGGGUAUUUUGAAUAUCGAAAAUCUUAUGGUUUUCCUUAUGUAAGUUAGUUUUUUGUUCACUGCACCUUUUAUUUCAUUACUUUUUAAUCUACUGCGAUGUUGCUCGCUUGGUUACAGUUUUCUUAGUGCUCUACUAAAAUUAGACUUUAAUUAAAGUGACCUGCUCCAUAUGCUUAUAGUUGAGUUUGAGUUGUUGUUUGUUGCUGUAAUGCUGGAUCAUCGCAAGUCGUGAGUUUUGGCGGGAAAACCGAGCUGCGUGGGUGUCGUUGUUGGUUGCAGUGCUGGCCAAUGAGCGAACGCCACGCACAUACUGCACAUAUCGGGUACUUUGGCAAAACUUGAGUGCAAGAAUUGGAUCAACUCAAAUUAUAGGACAAUGAUUGGUGUUAUAUUUUGUUAACCCUCUGUUGACCAACAGUUGCACUUUUGAUACCUUAACUUGUAAAUUCCUACUCCGCCAUAUCCAUCUUGUCUAUUUGCGAAGGCAUAGUUGUAGUCUCUAAGGCUUGUUUCUGUGUUGUUAUUUAUACCAAGUUUCUGAGAGGAUUGCUAUGUCAAUUUCGUUAUUAUGCCGGAACAUUUCUAUUAGUUGUUUGUUUCCCUGUUUUUUUAGACUUUGUAUGUUAUAUUGUAGGAUUUGUAUCUUUGCCGUCAUGUCAUGGGUUAUUUUUUGUUAAUUUUCCAAAGAUCUGAACUGACUGUCAUUUGCUUUAAAGUGCUUAGGAUAUAUGUAUGUACAUUAAGGCUUAGUAUAGGGCCUUGUUAUUUGCUUGUGUUGCGUUUUGCAUUAGGUUGAUUUUUGUCGUGAAAUCGUCCUGUUUUUGUAUGUAUUUAUCUAAGUUGGUGGGGAAUGCUAGCAUUUUAUUAUUGGUUGUUGUUGUGUUUUCUAGUGUUGCAUGUUUCCAUUCUUCCAUGGUUUUUUGUGCGUUGUUUUCUUCUCUUGUUUUCUCUUCUUGUUGUUGUUCGUUCUCGCGACUUUGGCAUACGAGAAUUGUUGGUGCAUAUGUUUCAUAGCUUCUGCUGUAUUGUUGUAUGUUUGUAUCUUUCUCCUUUUUUGCAGUUGGGGAAAUUCCGUGUCAAGGACAGCGUUGUUAUUCAGUAGUUCGAAGCGGUUUCCUAAUAUAUUUUUAUAUUUGGUUUGGGCCUCUUUCAUAGUGAGGUUUUCUAGGGUGCUUAUCCUUUUAAUUGUGUAGGCCUUGAUUCUUGCUGGGUAGUCUUUGUUGGUAGCUUCAUGGUUCCCUUUGCAAUUUACGCAUUGUUCCUUGCUGCAUUUUAUAUUGUUGUCGUGGGUAAUUCCACAUUUUGCGCAGAUUGAGCUUAGUUGCUUGCAAUGCUGUGCGAAAUGGUUGUAUCUGAAGCAACGGUAGCAUUGCGCGAAUGCCACAAAUGGUUUCACUUUUAUUUUGGUGUAACCGAACGUUACUUCCUUCGGUACUUCCAGACCGUCAAACACUAUUUUGACUCUUCGUGUGUGAAACUUAAUCCCCUCCUGUGUCCUGUUCACUCUCAUUGUUUUUAAGAUUUUUAUUGGUGAAAUAAUAUUUGCUUUUAGCUCCUCUUUCGUAAUGUCCGCUGGAAUGUCGAAUAUUAUGCCCAUUUUGUAUCCAAAUUUUUUGCUUCAUAUUGUUCGUUUGUUUUUUCGCAGAACUUGUUUGCUGCGUAUCCGUUUUUGAAUGUAAUUUUGCAUCUACCGAAUCCUAUUUUUACUUCCUUCGGUACUUCCAUACCGUCAAACACUAUUUUGACUCUUCGUGUCUUGUUCACUCUCAUUGUUUUUAAGAUGUUUAUUGGUGAAAUAAUAUUUUCUUUUAGCUCCUCUUCCGUAAUGUCCGCUGGAAUGUCGAAUAUUAUGCUUCUUAUUGUUCGUUUGUUUUUUCGCAGAAUUUGUUUGCUGCGUAUCCGUUUUUGAAUGUAAUUUUGCAUCUACCGAAUCCUAUUUUUGUAAUUUCGAGAAUGUCCUCCGUAUUGUUACCCUGUAACCAUUUGUUAACUGAGAUCGCGUUAAUUGGUGUUCUUUCAUUGUCAUUUUUGUUUUUCUUGUCUAGGUAAACAAUGUAGGGUCCUUUCUGGGUCUCGUUGUACUUGUAAUUAUCGUGGGUCGUUCGCGUCUUUUGUGCCUGCGCGUUUGGUAUAUUGCCUGCGCAUUGUCUUGUUGUUGCUUUUGUGCGGCUAUUGCUUCGGCUCCUUAUGGCUGAGGAGCUGCCUGGCUCCUCGCCUUCGAGGUGCAUUUUGUUUGUUCUUGACUUUAUUUUGUGUCUGUAUAUUUUAUGGAAUGUGUUUUUUUUAAUAUUUAUGUUUGUUGAUAUAUUUUUAUUUUUUAUUCACUUUUAUUUUUUGCUUUUUUUGCUGGUAGCUCUUGCGUACACGUCUAUUCACUAUCACUGUUCACUAGCGUAAAUUUGGCUUUGAGAACAACUUUUUAGUGUCUAUAUGAGUUGUGCCUUUUCCGUGAUCAUUCCUUCUUCUACUUUUUUAUUGGCGUAGACAACGCUUACGCGAUUAUAGCCGAGUUGAAUGGAGUCAUUAUUCGUUUUUUAUACAGCAUAAUAUUCUGUUCAAUAUUCACUUGGUGAUUUCCACCGAUUACACUAAAAUUUUCUAUAUUUUUGAUUUUACUAUAGAGCUUUUUUUGGUUGAUUUUUUUUCACGUUGUUGUGCCUUUAGUUCACAUUUGGCCAAUAUAAUUCGAUAUUUUCGGUAAUUCAAAAAAAUUUACCACACUUUUUUUCUACUGGGUUUUCUGUAAGUUCCUUUAUACCGCUUUCAUAUUUUUCCCAACAAAAAUGAAAUUUAGCACUUGUUUGCCGCUGCUUGCCACAGAUAAACCCACAUUUUCUCAUGUAAUUAACUGAGAGCAUAAAUAAAUGUAGGUAAAAAGAAUUUUUUUGUUUUGAAAAAUUUAACCCUUGUGUUGCCACGCGGGUACCCAACGGAGUGUAUUUUGUUGAAUAAUAUUUUUUCUAAAAAAGAUAGGCUAAAAUCGUCUUGGAUCCCCAUGGUUUAACCGAUCAUCUAGCGAAUUGUGCAUUAUACAUAGUUUAAAUAUUUUUCUAACUUCAGAAAUGUUACUUUUGAAAAUAAAAACACGUCUCAGCCACCCGGGUACCCCGACAGAAGUUCGGCGCAAUUCGUAUAAUACAUUAUGAUUAAAAUUUUAUUUUAUAUCUAAAAGGAGUACAUAAGUAUCUAUAAAAUAACUACAAUAAAUUAUGUUCAUUUUUAAUUAUUUAUUGAUAAAAUAUGCUGUAUAUGAUAAUAAUAAUAAU